AGGCCAACAACAAACACAUCCAACCACAACUUUUACAUUCUUUUUUGUUUUUCUUUCUAACCCCUAAAUUACACUAAAGAAAAAGAAGGUCCUCUUUGCUUUAACUCUUUCAGAUUUGUUUUGCUGUUCCUGGAUUUUAAUACAAGGACAACGCAACACAACGCAACACUUUCUUUCUUUCUUUCUGAGAGUUAUAUCUCAGUUCUCAGCGAAGCCAGCUUGGCUACUUGAAUAUUCAAUUCUUCGAUAAAUAAAGCCCUAAUUAUGAUGAUAAGAUCCUUUUGAUUCAGUGACUCUUCCAGAACAUUCCUUCACCAAUCUCAAACAGCGAUGUCUCGCGUUCUUGUGUUUAUCGAUCAUUAUGGAUCUUGUUUGUGUUUGUAGCUGUAAUUGAUAUCGUUGAAGAUGGAGCUGUUUUUCGCCAUUUUGAUAUUGGCUUGCUUGCCAUCAUUUGUAUUGUCUAAUUUCCAAGGUGAUGCCCUGUAUGCAUUGAAGAGUUCAUUGAAAGCUGAUAAGCUCACAAGCUGGAACCCAAAUCAAGUUAACCCUUGCACUUGGGUUGAUGUUACUUGUGACACUAAUAAUAAUGUUAUUUCUUUAUCAUUGUCAUCGAUGGGAUUUAGUGGAACCUUGUCCCCACAAAUAGGAAGUAUAAAGACCCUUACAUCUCUUAGUUUGCCAGGAAAUCGCAUAACUGGUGGGAUACCCAAAGAAUUUGGGAAUUUGACAAAUUUGUCCACUUUGAAUUUGGGAAAUAAUAAUUUAUCUGGUGAAAUACCUACGUCCCUUGGUAAUCUUACGAAGCUUCAGUUCUUGACUUUGAGUGGAAACAAUCUCACUGGAACCAUUCCUGAGUCACUUUCACGUAUUCCAAGCUUAAGCAGUCUAAUGCUUGAUUCGAACAAUCUCAGUGGUCAGAUUCCUCAGCAUUUAUUACAAGUUCAAAGCUACAACUUUACAGGAAACCACUUGAAUUGUAGCAUUAAUUCCCCUCCUUUUUGUGCUAGUGAAAUUGGAGAUUCAGGUGGUUCGAAUGGGUCAAAAAUUGGAGUUAUACUUGGAAUUGUUGGAGGAUGUAUUGCUAUUCUUCUUCUUGUUGCUUUGUCGUUAGUUCUGUGUAGGGGUAGAAACUCUGGCUACAAACGUGAAGUUUUUGUAGAUGUUGCAGGUGAAGUUGACCGGAGAAUUGCGUUUGGUCAAUUGAAAAGAUUUUUAUGGAGGGAACUACAAUUAGCUACAGACAACUUCAGUGAGAAAAAUGUUCUAGGACAGGGAGGUUUUGGGAAAGUUUACAAGGGGGUGUUACCUGAUAACACAAAAAUUGCUGUGAAACGGUUAACUGACUACGAAAGUCCUGGAGGAGAUGCAGCUUUCCAGCGUGAAGUUGAGAUGAUAAGUGUAGCUGUUCACAGGAAUCUUUUACGGCUAAUUGGGUUUUGCACAACUCCAACAGAACGACUUUUAGUCUAUCCCUUCAUGCAGAAUUUAAGUGUUGCUUAUUGCCUACGAGAUCUUAAAGCUGGGGUGCCUGUUUUAGAUUGGCCUACUAGAAAACGAGUGGCUUUAGGCACAGCUCGUGGCCUAGAGUACCUUCAUGAACAUUGCAAUCCUAAAAUUAUUCAUCGGGAUGUUAAGGCUGCAAAUGUGUUACUUGAUGAAGAUUUUGAAGCGGUUGUUGGUGAUUUUGGCCUGGCAAAACUGGUUGAUGUUAGAAAGACUAAUGUAACAACUCAAGUUCGUGGGACAAUGGGCCACAUAGCACCUGAAUACUUGUCAACUGGGAAGUCAUCAGAAAGGACUGAUGUUUUUGGUUACGGAAUCAUGCUUUUAGAAAUUGUAACAGGUCAACGGGCAAUUGACUUUUCGCGCUUGGAAGAAGAAGAUGAUGUUUUAUUGCUUGACCAUGUCAAGAAACUGGAAAGGGAGAAGAGACUAGAAGAUAUUGUAGAUCAAAACCUAAAUAAAAACUACAACAUUCAAGAGGUAGAAAUGAUGAUCCAAGUUGCAUUGCUUUGUACUCAGUUGUCACCAGAGGAUCGCCCAGCAAUGUCAGAGGUCGUACGGAUGCUGGAGGGUGAGGGGCUGGCUGAGAGGUGGGAAGAGUGGCAGCAUAUUGAGGUUACUCGCAGGCAAGAGUAUGAGAGACUACAGAGAAGAUUUGACUGGGGAGAAGAUUCAGUUUAUAACCAAGAUGCUAUUGAAUUGUCUGGUGGAAGAUGAGACUUCCAGUGAAUUGCAGGACUAAGAAUUAUGCCUCAUAAAUUCUGAGAAGACUUUUUAUCAUUUUCCUUUUAUUCUCAAAUUUUCUGUUGAAAAGCAAUCUUGAAGAAGGUGGGAAUGGAAAGUAAACUUAAUUUCUUUGUUGAAGCAAGACGUUCUUUGUGGAGAUCAUCGAAAAGCAAUUCUUUUUGAUACAUUUUUUAUUUUAAUUUUUAAAAGUGUAUGUUUCAGUUCUUAAACGCAUGAUCAUCACCAUAUGGAGAAGAUCAAAAUGGCUGCCUAUCUUAAUUAUAAACAAUUUCCUCUAUCAUAAUUAUUGUUAUCCUUGUUAAGACAAAUUUAUCCAAUCCAAUAUACACAAUCUGUAGUAUCAGUACAAUCCUAGCUGCAUCAAUGGUAAUAUCACCUUUUGUUGUCCUGGAUAGAACGUCAACUGAUUAAGCUUGAAAUGUCAUCAUCUAUAUUUGUUUUUUGAAAUGGAGAAAAUUAAAUUUAUUGACAAGAUUUAUUUUUCAAGAAUGUAAUUGUGUAUAAAUUAUCCCAUCAUUUAAAAUUAGUAAUCACUUCUAAUUGGUAAAAUAAAAUUUCAAAUUAUAUAGCACCAUGUAUAUACCAUUAAAUCUUUAAGGGUCUGUUUGAUUGGAGAGUUAGAAAAGUGGGAGGAUAAAUAGGAAGAGGAUAGAAAAAUUUUUAAUUUUCUUUCAUGGUGUUGAUUUGAGAGUAGAAAAAUGGAGGGAUAGAAAAUAUAGUUUGUAUAAAUUUACUUUCAUGUCCUUAAUAGAUAAAAAAAAUAACAAAUAAGAAAAAAAAAUACAGAUGAACAAAAAAAUAAAAGCACCAAAAGUGUACAGAGAAGGAC